AUGGGGGAGGCGGCCAGCCCCGCCCCCGCGCCCGCUCUCUGGGACUGGGACUACCUGGACCGCUGCUUCGCUCGCCACCGCGUCUGCAUCUCCUUCGGCCUGUGGAUCUGCGCCUCCUCCUGCUGGAUCGCCGCCCACGCGCUGCUUCUCUAUCUGAGGUGUGCAAAGAAAUCUGGACGGGACCAGUCAGCACUGUGUGCCGCUUGCUGCCUCCUGACCAGCCUGUGUGACACCAUCGGAGCGAUUCUGGCCAGACAGCUCACAAUCCAGGUGUUCACGGGCGCCCACCUAGCAGCUGUUGACUUGGUGAACUUUGUGUUCAUCCUCUUCCCAGUCUGCAGCUCCAAGUUGAAGUCUAAUUUGGGUCGGGGCUCCCGGGAGAGGAAGAGGAGGCGGCGGCUCAGGGCCAGUGUAUUUGCUCUGGCCCUGCCGCUGAGCCUGGGACCGGGCUGGGCUCUGUGGGCCGCCAUCCAGAAGGCGUCCAGCCCUGUCCGAGGGCCCCAGCGAAGGUUAUUGGAGAGCCUGCUGCAGGACAACACUGAAAUCUUUGGCUACCUGCUGGGAGGCAUCGCUGCCUUGGGCUCCUGGGCUUCCCGGAUCGCCCCGCUCUCCAGAAUCUGCCGGGGUAAGGCAUUUCCCUCCAUCCACCUGUGGACUCGGUUCCUGUCGGCCCUAGGGGGCCUCCUCUAUGCCUCUGCCAUUGUGGCCCAUGACCGGCAGCCCGAGUACCUGCUUCGGGCCACACCGUGGUUCCUGAUCUCCCUCGGCCGUGCUUCACUGGACCUCUCUAUCAUUUUCCUUUCCUGGGUGAUGAAGAGCAAGAUGAGACGGGCCUUGGGGUUUGCCCCGGAAGCCAGAGAGAGCCCUGACACCCAAGCCCUUUUGACCUGCUCAGAGAAAGAGGAAGAAAGCCAGGAGAAUUCAGAUUGGGUGCCUCUCACCACACUCCCACCCUGCAAAUCUCUCAGGACAAUGGCAGCCAUCAGUCGCUACAUGGAGCUGACCAUCGAGCCCGUGCAGCAGGCAGGCAGCAGCACUGCCAGGCUGCCCGGCGAUGGACAGAUGAGCCCGGGAGACGUGAACCUGAAGGAGCCGCCCUCGUACCCUCCCAUUCAGGUCAUCCGGGCCCACGUGUCUUCCAGCAGCUCCUGUGAGGUCUCCUCCAUCAACUCCGACCUCGAGCAGAAGUAUUGGGAAGCCUUAAACUCGGAGCAGUGGGACCCUGAAGAUGUGAAUCUUGAAGGGAACAAAGACAACGUGGAGAUGCUCAGAUCCCAGGUGCAUAGGUGCUCGCUGGGGCCCAGCGGUCUUGACAUCUGAUAAGUAACACCUGGAGCGAGCCCAUCGGCUAAGAGCCCUCAGUCAAGGCUAUGUCAGGAACUGAGCAGGGAUCAACCUGCAAGUGACGCCCAUGGCAGGAAUUUAAGCUUCUGCAGACACUGUCCAUGAAAGUGAAGAACCAGGAGCUGUCACUGAGCUGGGUUGGUCUGCAUCACAGCUCAGAAUGGCGCUAAGACUCUGGGACCUGGGCGUGCACGGUUUGUUUUGAAGAUCAGAAGUUCACAGACCACUCUUGCUUUGAAGUAGAAACCUUCAUCUGAAGGGCAUUGGACCUGCUCUUCCCUUUCCCUUCAGAUUCAACUAUACUCUCAAUAUCUGCUAACUGACAGGGAAAUCUAACAAAUAGCUAAUGUGUUUGGAUAUCAGUACAGCCUCAUUCUGCAAGACCUGGCUAACCCAGGAGACGAGAGGGGUGGGUCCACGUGCUGGAGAUCUGAGACAUGACCGCCAGUAUUAAUGGGACCUGGCCCCUGCCCUCCCAGUCACCCACUUGAGUUUUCUUGGUCAACCAGGAGUUUGUGAGAUCAGUGAUGUUGGCAAGGGCAAGCAGAACAAAUUGUCUUAGAUACCAGGACUUGCUCCAACUUGGCAAGGUGUGUGCCGGGCAGGGUUUGCAGGUGAGGGGGACUGUCUCCUUCAAGAGCUAACAUGAAAGCAUGUAGAGGGUGGGAGGCAUGGUGGGAGAUGUCAAAUUCAAGCACAGCAAUCCCAUUUUGGGAUUAUUUUGAUACUGUGACCAUGGGAAGGGGGAAGGACAGGUGAGAGGAACACUGGAAUGAAGAAAUUAUGAUUGAGUGAGCGGAGGCAUCUCACAGAGCACGGAGAUGUCUGAAUCCCAGCAUGGCCACAAAAGCCGGCCAUGAGGGGAACUGGGAGAUGUUCUGAGAAACACAGCUGUGCUCCGGGAUGGUCCCUGGGAGCCUGUGUGCCUCGGGGAAGCAGAUUGGCUCCAUAGAUCUCUCUGGAGAUACUAGUCCUCUGAGUGCCCUCUAAGCAAGAAGUGACGUUAAAGCCACCCUAUUUAUCCCCCUUUAUCUCACUGCUUUGAUCCCUGGGGGUCUUGUAAUGGAGUUUGCUAAAGCCAGUUUUGCUUUGUGAUCUUAACCACAGAAGCGGUUCAUUGAGAGAAGAUGGAAGAUUUGAGUGGGGGAUGGUGUGGGGAGAACAUUCCUGAUGCAAUCCUACCGAGGACUGGACACCAGGAAGGAAGGAUGGAAUCCAGUCAAGGAAGGAUGAAUCUGACAUGGCUGGAAUGGGUGGUGUAACAGGGGCUAAAAGGGGAAGAGGCUGGCAAGGAGCCAGACCGAGGAGCCUAGGGAGUUGGCACUUAAAACUGUGGCUAAUUGGUAGAGCCUUGACUGAUACCAGAAGAGGAAGGUGACGGACAUGCCUCAGGUAGGCCACAGCUGGUUGGUGAGGCUUUUCUACCUAUGGCCACAACUUUUCAGGAAGCAGACAUGUAUUCAUGGAUAUAGGAGGAACAUGGAGAACACUUCAUCUGAGUGAUAACAGCAGGGCAGGAGGAGGGCUCAGCUUUAGAAAGAUAAAGCACAGGGAUAGGAUAUCCGCUCUGGAGUUUGCCAUUAGCACAUCCCCUCUCAAGGGGAGGCGGGCCCGUGCUCCCCAGGGCCCCAGAAACUGGCUGGAUCCUGACAGAAAUGGCCAUUUACCCAAGAGUGUCCAACAGUCUCGCUGACUGAGCAGCACAGACUCCUGGAGUCCCAGAUGUGGUCUGUCUUCCUAGAUCCCACAGUCCCUUCCUUCACAAACCAGUUCCUACUGUUGGGGUCCAAUCUUGUCUCAAAGCUGAAUCCCAAGUCUCUUCACCCAGAGCAAAGUAUUAAACUGAAAUUUUUGGACGCAA